AUGACGGCAGUGGCAACAGCAACAUUGGCGACGGCGGCGGCUGCAGCGACAACGGUCACAGCAGAAUGCAAGGCAACAACGCCGGCUGGCGGUAGCAGCGCCAACAACAGCGCUGGCAAUCACAACAACAUCAGCAGCACCAGCAGCGCCGCCAGCAACAGCAACGGCGGCAACAUCAACAUCGGCAUUAGCGACGGGCACAACCAUCAUCAUCACCACCAUCACCACAGGCAUCAUCAUUUGCUUGAAACGCCGACCAGCAGCUCUGCGGGACUAGCAGCAGCAGGAGCAGGAGCAGCAGCACCCGGGGACAACACACCAGCAGCAUCAGUAACUUCAGCUACAGCAGCACCGACACCCGGCUACGAGCGAUCGGAGCGCUUGGAGCGAAGACCGCCGCUACUGGGAGCACCACCGCCGCUCAACAUCAGCAACAACAACGGCCGAUCGGCAGCAGCGAUCGCUUAUCACUCGCUGAUGCCUAACUACUAUCCCAGCACGCGGCAACUGCACAUGCAUAGCCAUGCCCGCGGUCAUGCGCACCCUCCACCACCCGGGCAGCCGCAUCCACAGCAGCAACCCCAACCGCACCCGCACCCGCAUCCCCAUCCCCAUCCGCACCCGCACCCACAUCCUCAUCAGUACCAACUGCAGUCGCUGAGCCACUACCAUCAGCAACUUUAA